AUGUUAGGUUUGAUUGAGACUAAAAGACCUGUAGUGACGAAGUUUGAUGUGGCAAGUUUUUGGGGGUGUGAUAGUGCUGGGUGGGCAUAUGUUGAGGUUGACGGUGCGUCGGGUGGGUUGUUGUUAACGUGGGAUGAAACUAAUUUUAAGAUGAAUAACUGUUAUAAAGGGGAGAGAUGGCUAUGUGUGGAAGGGAUCAUGUUAAAGAAUAAUUUCAACUGUGUUUUUUUCUUGGUUUAUUGUGCUCACACUAGAGAGGAGAAACUUGUUAUGUGGGAGGAGUUGAGCUAUACUACUGGAUUAUGCCAGGUCCCUUGUUGCUUCAUGGGAGAUUUUAAUGAGAUUUUAAAUGUUGAGAAAAGAAAAUGUACUACUAGUCUAACAGCAUCUGCAGAAGACUUCAAGGAUUGGAUACAAGAUAUGCACCUGUUGGACUUACCGCUUAAUGACCGUAAGUUUACGUGGUUCAGAGGUCGUUCUUGCAGUCGGUUAGAUAGAGUUCUGGUUAGUCUGGAAUGGGCUGAGGAGUUCCCUGAGAUUCGCUUAAGAGGAGGACCAAAAGGCUUGUCAGAUCACUGUCCGUUGAUAGUGGAAGGUUCAAGGUUGGGGGAUGGACCUAGACCAUUCAGAAGCCUAGACUCAUGGUUUACACACGAAGGUUUUCUCAGAAUGGUAAAAGAGCAAUGGAGGGGAUUAGGGGAGAUACAGUUCAUAGAUAAAUUAAAGGCUUUGACGAUUCCUUUGGGAAGAUGGCACAAAGACAAUUUUGGAGACAUGGAUAACAAAAUUAUGAAAUCUGAAGAAGAGAUCAAGAAGAUAGAUGAUAUGGUAAGCAAUGGCGUAUAUGAUGGAACGGUGGAGGCAAGAAGAAAGGCGUUAGUGACUUGUUGUGAGAAAAGAAUUACACUGGAAGCAGAUGUCGCGUUCUCGUCUUGCAAAGGACAUGGACAAAAAUACAAGGAGGAGUCUCCUAUGGUGGGUUUUAGGGAUGGCCUGGUGGGUAUGAUAGCUGAAGAGGAUGCUGCGGCCUUAGAGGUGUUGCUGUCGAUUGAGGAGAUUAGAGAUGCAGUGUGGGACUGUGAUUCUUCUAGGGCUCCAAGGAGUGAUGGAUACAACAUGAAUUUUAUUAAGAAGUGUUGGGACGAGAUUGGGGCUGAGUUAACAGCAGCAGUGGGUUUCUUUCAGACUUCUAGGCUACCGACCGAUACUAAUAUAACUUGGGUUGCUUUGGCACCUAAGUUCGUUGGGGCUAUAGAGAUCAAGGACUUUCGACCAAUCAGCAUGGUGGGUUGUGUGUAUAAGGUGAUUUCUGUUGGUUAG